AUGAACCAGAUCCGCCAGAUUCAAACAUUGAACAAGCGCGAGCUUGAGGCAGGAAUCUACGACCCUGCUGCUUCCUGGCACGCCGACUACCGCGAUACAGCUUUUGUGAAUUUCGGUGGUCUGCCUUACAACUUGUCCGAGGGUGAUGUCUUGACCAUCUUUUCGCAAUUCGGCGAGCCAGUAUUCCUGAAGCUUGCAAGGGAUAAGGAGACAGGCAAGAGCAAAGGCUUUGGGUGGCUAAAGUAUGAGGACCAAAGGAGUUGCGAUCUUGCAGUGGACAAUCUUGGAGGAGCCGAAAUUGCUGGGAGACUGAUCAGAGUCGAUCAUGCGCGAUACAAGUCACGAGACGACGAAGACGAUAGCGAGUUCCGGGUGGGCUGGGAAGAUCUCAAGAAGAAAGAGCGCCAGGACCAUGGCGAGAAGAGUGAAAGUGAAAGUGAAGAGGAGCAAGAAGUGGUCAGAAGACCACUGAUUCAAGAAGAGAAGGAGCUCGCCAAGCUAAUUGCCGAGCAUGAUGAGGACGAUCCUAUGAAGGCUUUCCUGGUUGAAGAAAAGAAGAAAGAGGUUGAAGAAGCCUUACAGAGAGCAGAAAAGAAAGAGAGAAAACACAAGCAUAGGCAUCACCACAGGACUCACCGAUCGCACAGGUCGGGUGAAGGCGAAGACGACCGUGAAAAGAGACGGUCGAAACGAGAUGCAACGCCGCUGGCAGAGGAUCGUCGCAGAGAUGGUACCCCAGAUGCUCGAGAUCGGGACCGGGAUCGCAGGAACCGUGACCACGGCCGUGAUGGAGAACGGCAUAGAGACCGCCGGCGACGGGACGACCAUGAAGAUUCCGAGAGGCGCCGCGAUCGAGAUGGUCGGAGAGACCGAGAUGCAGAAGGUGACGGCCAACGGCAUCGUCACAGAACACGGGAUUAUGACCAGGAUCGUAGGAGUCAUCGAAGAAGCAGGAGCAGAUCGCCACGUGGCCAUGAGAAUAAAUGA